GCAGGCACAGCCGAUCCAUCUCCAGUCAUCUAGGAAAGGUUACAAUGGCUCCUGUGACAACUUCAUCCAUGGCACUGCUGCUGCUGCUGAGCCUGAUGGCUAUUGCGAAGGCGGGAAUAGCAUUCCCACAAAAUCCAGGAUGCCCAAACACUGAGGACAAGAACUUCCCUCAGCAUGUGAAGGUCAAUCUGAAUAUCCUUAACGGGAAUACGAACUCCAGAAGGCCCUCAGAUUACCACAACCGAUCCACGUCACCUUGGAAUCUGCACCGCAACAAGGACCCUGAGAGAUACCCCACUGUGAUCUGGGAGGCCAAGUGCCGCCAUCUGGGCUGUGUCAGUGCUGACGGGACGGUAAACUACCACAUGAACUCCGUCCCCAUCCAGCAAGAGAUCCUGGUUCUGCGAAGGGAGUCUCAGCACUGUCCCCACAGCUUCCGGUUGGAAAAGAUGCUGGUGGCCGUGGGCUGCACCUGCGUCACCCCCAUUGUGCGCCAUGUGGCUUAAGAGCUUCUGGUCCCAGCUCCCCAGCACCAUUGCUCUUUCUGGGGAGUACACCCAGCCCCAUUUCUGACCAAACUCAAUAGGCUUCUUCAACUAGUUCAUCCAACUGAAGUUUCAGAGAGAACACUUUUUGUGCAGAGAUAGAAUCUGAAUGAUCUUUCCCUCUCUACAGAGAGGAAAGUUUUGACUGAGUACCAAUUUGCUUUCGGUGUGCUUUUCUAAGAGCUUUAAGCUAUUUAUGUAUUUAAUAGACCCUGAGAUAACUUUGGGGCAGAAGAUUUCAUUUUAAUGAAUUACAUGCUUUAUUUUGUAUUUUUUAAAAGAUUUUAUUUAUUUAUUUGACAGAGAGAGAUCACAAGUAGGCAGAGAGGCAGGCAGAGACAGAGAGAGGAGGAAGCAGGCUCCCUGCUGAGCAGCAAGCACUAUGUGGGGCUCAAUCCCAGGACCCUGGGAUCAUGACCUGAGCUGAAGGCACAGGCCCCAACCCACUGAGUUACCCAGGUGCCCCUUUAUUUUGUAUUUCUUAGGACACGAUUCCAGACUUGAGAACUUUGUUAUUUAACCAGUAAGCCUAUAUUUAUAUGAACUAUUUAUGGAUCUAUUUAUGUAUAAGUCUUUAGAGAAAGGUGAAAGAAUGUGAUUAUCUGUUCUGCCUAGGGAAAUCCUACAGAGAAUUUAGUGGCGGUCGAAAAUUCUGUCUUAGGAGUGCAUGACAUGGCUGUAAAAAAGACUAAACUUUGUUUCUUAUUUAUUAAUUCUGUAAAUUGUUGAGGUUUCAUGAGAGAGAUGUCAAGUCUAACUCUACUCUGUUAAACCCUCAUAAUAAAAAAAAAUUGUAAAAAAUUUUGGAAAGAAAAUCGGUUUCCUUAUUUUUUUUCUCACUUAAAGUCCUUCAGAGAGCCCAGCUCUUACCUAUUUGAAAGAGUAUGCAACUUUGCUGAAAGAACAAAACAGG